AUGGGGACGAAUACAGGACCUUGGAUUGCUUCAUAUCUCCUAGACGUUGCAGAAAAACACGGAGGCUCAAUAGGCUCUGUUCCACCCAAUCCAAAACUUCACAGAGGGCAGUUGAUAGAGGCAAGUCACCGUCGCAUGGUUGAUAGCGCUCAAUUGACUGUUUCGCAGUUCCUAUUCGACGGGUCUGACAAGGACAGCUUCGUUUGGGCUCAAAUAUCCGACAAAGAAUACUUUAUCCCAAUCAAAAUUACAAAGAAUGCACUGGAAGAGUACUCCAUCACCCACCCCGAGAAACUGGUUCAAGAGCUCUACUCAACAGUCGUCAUCAAGAACUUUAAUGCAAUAUUCUCCCGUGUACCGCUGGGUGGAAAGGCCGGCCUCACACGUCUACCUCAACUUGCGCUCGAAUGUGACUCGAUCAAACACUUGGUGUCGGGCGUCCGAGGUGUCAUUGACGCUCCGCGGACGAUUGAAGACCACAAGGACUUGAAGAAAUGGAUGGAAGGAAUGAGAAAAGGUGGAGGUGAUGGCAACAUUUUGAGAAACCGCAAGAACGAAGGGUCGAGUUCGAAAGUUGGUAGAGAACUAGGCAAUUGGCAGGACACUACACCGAUACCAAAUGAAUUAUUCCUCUCCAUGCGAGACAAGCCAAUCUACGAAGACGGCCACACCGCCGGCCCCAGUUCCAAAGCCGAGGGCAAGAUGCCUGAGAUUAAACGUGCGCGGUCGAUCCUAACUUUACCUUUAGCUCCAUCAUCCCCAAUGGUCACGACCAACAGCACGCCGAGCCCGCGAGCAAUGCCAUCCACACCUCAAACGUCCCCUGAACGUCUGAUAAGCGAAUGGUCACCCACACCAAAGUCAUCCCCUCAAUCCCUGGAUUUGGACGUCCCACCCCAGUCUACAUUCCCAGAUCAUCUCCAAGUGGACGACGACGAUGAUUUUAUGCAUCCACCGCCCCUACCUCCUCGCCGGGUCCCACCUCCUCCAUCCCCACUGGACAAACAGCCCACAGGCAAAGUCCUCGUCCCCAACUCGGACACCUCCAUGUCCCAAUCCCAAUCCCAAUCGCAGUCGCAGUCCCAAUCGCAGAGUCAACCUCAAAGUGGCGUCUUGUCGCAACUCAAUCUAAACCACCGCGGAGAAGGGCCAAAGCGACAUCACAAGGUUGCAAGUCAGGACGAGACGAUGUAUGAUGGGGAUAUCGAGGGGUCGAAACCACAACGGCGAUCCGCCAAGAGACUCCGGACGGAGGGCAGUUUGCGUCGAACGGACAGCGAGAAUGAUGUUGGUCAGGCUCAACUAGGUCAGCAAGUGGGCCGAUGGAAACGGGACCAUCCAUUACAAAUUACACCAGAACCGACUCAGCAGGAGAGUCAGCCUGGGGAACACAACAAAGAGGCCUGGAAAGCCCCAAGUUUUCAGAAACAGAAGAAGAAGAAGAGUCUGGAGAAAUACUAUGCGAAGUACAUUGGACAGGGCAUGCUACUAGGAUCCGACUUAGCUACAUUGUUAUGA